AUGAUUUUCGACAAAUCGUUACUCAGCUCCCUUAUACAUCUGCGACGUAUAAGGUGUAAAAGAAGUUAUCCACAGGUGCAGAAUCGUCUCAAGUCAUAUGAUGGUUCAGCUAAAGAAAAAAACAAACAGGACAUCAAAAAUUGGGUUGAGAAUUCUCUCCAUGACCCAGUUCCACGGUUGAGUUAUUCUAGUACAAUCCCCAAAACCGCCUUUUCACUAAGACAACGUGUAACAGAACCACAUGUAAUAUCGCGACAAGAAUUCGAAACGCAAUGGCGAUCAAAAUUUGUUGGUGGUUAUCCAUCUGUGGUUGAUGAGAUUAUCGGAAAAAGGACAACUGAAAAUACUAUAUUUCCCAUUCCCGAGCUUCUUCAGCUAAUCCUUUCAUUGAGAUACCUUCAUCGUUAUUAUGAUAUUGAUAUGAUCUAUCAAACAUACAGAGAUGAUAUGAACCGCUUGAAGCAGCUAUGUGAUCCCUGUAUCUAUUCUCGGUUCGUGAAGGUUGUGUUACAAGCAGAAUUUCGUCUAAAAAAUUACCACAUUUGUGAAGAACUUUUCUCUGAGUACAUCAAAUAUCCUAGAAUUCAGGCCAACAUGAUCGAUAUUGGAUUAGUCACAUUUGUCAAGAAUCAAAACUUUCCCUUAGCCAAGGAAUUCUACACGCAAGUUUUGAAGAAUCAGGAAACAUUUCCUAUUAUGCCGUCAGGAUUACAAGCUUUUAUGUUUGAAAUUUAUAAAACGUCUGAUUUUCUUCUUUCAAAGAAGAUCUUCAAUCUGUGGCUGGAAAAUACACAGGGUUCAAAUUUACUGCCUUUAAAAGAAACAAUUGCUUUAAUGCAUAGAUUAUUUUUGAAAUUCAAUGAUGAAGAAGGGCUAGAGAAGUUUCUUUCGCAUGAGAAAAUUCUUCGUACGGAUUAUAGGAAUAGUUUGGACUUUGAGCUGUGCAUUCUAUAUCAUGAAUUAGUAAGUGAUCACAAAGUCUCAGUUGAUGAAUUUGAGGAAAGGAGUGCUCCAUUAAUUGCCAAGUUAGAUAGUAAGGACAUUGAUCGCUUUUAUUUAAACGCCUUGAGUGCUGCUGUUUCAAGGAAUAACUUUGAGCUCAUAAAACAUAUCACGGCGAAGUGUCGAGAAGACGGUCGCGCCAAGCUUUCAGAUGAAUACCACAAGCAAAUCGCAUAUUAUUUUGUAAGAAAUGGUCAGUUGAAGGGAUUGAUUCAGUACUUCAAGGAUGCUGUUCUUCCUUGCCCUGGUUUUCACCUAAAUCAAGCAUUUGUGGAACAGUUGUGGAAUUGCGCACUACAGAACUAUCCAAUUUUAACGAGAGAGAUAACCAACGACUUACGUUUAAUACUUGAGAAAAACUCCAUCGUUCGAGAAUUUUGUUGGUUAAGAUACACGCUAGAAAAUAAGUUGGUUUUAACACCUUCAGAUAGGGAGGCUUCUACCUAUGGGAAUAAAGUCUAUUCUAAGGCCAAACUUCACUCUUUAAAUCCCAAAUGCGCAAUUGCUAUUCAGCGUUGUAUCAAAAGAGGCGAUAUUACUGCAGCUUACGGAAUACUUGUCGAUCAGGUAAGACAUGGUGCAAGACCAGAUUUUAAUGUGUUCUACACGUUUCUUAAACUUUUCAUAAAAAACUCAGUUCAUUUAGCGAAGCUUUUCGACCAGCUCUUGCGAGGUGCCUAUCACAAAAUUCCUUUGAAAGUUGAUAUUCUUUGGCUAAAACAUAAUGCGCAACAAACUCUCGAGUCGAUUAAAUCCAGCAUUUUUACACUUCAUAAGAGGCAGGAAGCGCUACUACUCACAAGAUCGCAGAUCAAACUCUUUGAGGAAGAUCACAGAAACUGUAUGAAUCUCCAGAACUAUAUGCAAAUAUCUUCUCUUCUCUUAGAUUUGAAAGACCCAAAAAGUGCCAUUCAGCAUUUAUACCGUGGGCGCAAGUUGGUUAACGAAUCGAAUAGGUUAGACUGGUUCAUUUACUAUUCAACGGCUCUGAAGGUGUUCACCAGGGCACGAAACCCGGAUAGUUUUCUUAAAGUUCUUAGCGAGUGGAAUAGGAAUAAUAGAGCAUGGUUAAUUACGCCGUCCUCAAUCCGUUCAUGCAAGGGUUACCUAAAUUAUUUCAUCAAGAAUCAGGGAUACGUAAAUAUGGAUGAUACUACGUUACAAUCGAUCCGAUCAGAACUUGAACUUUUGACAACGAGAUACACAAAUUACAAAUUUCAAGGGUUGAACGACAUGAAAGUUCUCAGUACAUUUUUGGAAGACUGGAUCGAGAAAGAUCUCAUAGAGAAAAACAAAAUUGAUGCUGUCAGGAGGAGGAAGUUACUCUCCGAAGAUGAAUUUAACAAUGACUGA